AUAUAGUCAUGUGACGGCGGAGGCUCGUUCUUCGUGGUCACAACAGUAAAGCUACAACAAGGCGAAUCCUGGAAGCUCUCCCGCUCAAAAUGGCAGUGUAACGGCGUGCGGCAGCGACUCUUGCAGCGGCAAAAACCCGGCAGUGCAACGGCAAAGUGCACUGGUUGUUUCUGGCAAAAUGGCGUCUCUCUCGGCAACCACCCUCAGCUUUGCUGCCGUCGACAGCAGGACCAAACCGCUCGACUUGAUAUCAUCAGACUCACCCUUUCUGUUCACUCGUUCACGGCUACCACUGACCAGCAGCAGCCAUGACUCUGAGCUCCCAGAUGGCCUUGGAGGACGUGGGGGCCCUGUUCUUAGGGCCCUCAUUUCUGACGGCUGACCCCAUGGGGCCCCUUCUGGACCAAGAUGAAGAGGAAGCUCUCUCUCCCUCCUCCUCCUUAGAGGGGAGGGCACCAGCUUCGCCCCCCCUCUCUUUCUCCUCCUAUGCCUCCUCCCUGUCUCCUUACCAGUCCCUGUCAUCCUCCCCGCUCUCUUCUUCCUCCCCGCCUCCCUCUCCUCCCGCCUAUCCCUCGCUCCUGGGAACCAAGGCUGGGGCGGACUCACUGUCCUUACCCUGGCUCGGUGCCAGCGACCUGCUCGACGCCCACGUUGGAGCAGACGAUGGCAAAGAGGAUGCCUUUUCAGGUAUGGAAUGGAUGUUGGAGAAGAUCGACCUGAAUAACUUGGACCUGGAUUCGCUCAUCAGCUCCUGUGCGUCUGAUGAGCCUCCCAGCUCGCCCGAGGAGCUCUUAGCCUCCUUCAACUCCCCCAUGGAUCUGGAUCUAGACACCUUCGACACACCCAUCCCUGCCUCAGAUGAGGUCCUGGAUAUGGAUGUCCCUCUGCCAGACCUCCCCUCUCUCCCCAUGGAGCUCCCUCUCCCCGAGGCAGCUGAAGUCAAGAUGUCAGAGUCAGAGGUGGCUCCUGAUGAGGUUAAGUCUGAGCCUUCCUCACCGGCUCCCUCUCCAGCCUACACCUUUGAGCUAAGGAGUGAAAUGGGUGUCUUGGAUAUCACCGCCAGCAUCCCGGAUUCCAGUGGAAGCAUCCAAAACAACACCCCCAUCUUAGUUUCCCUCCCCUCCUCCGGCCAUUUUGUGGUUGUCGUCUCUCACAAAGAUGAGUCAGCUGUUGACCCUCUCCCCAGGUCAGAUGUUGAAAUCUCUUCCCCAACCAGCGACUCCGACAGUGACUCCGGCAUCGAGUCAGGAGCUGGCUCGCCUCCUCGCCUGCCCUCUCCACCUCUCACCCCCUCUGCAUCUGCCUCAGCUGGUUCCUCCAGGACCAAACCCUACAUCAAACCAGAGCCUGCCACCACUGCAUCCUCCUCUCCCUCACCUAAAGCCUCCAGGGUCAAGUCUGUGUCCGGCGCUCCCAAGGUGGUCGAGAAGAAACUCAAAAAGAUGGAGCAGAACAAGACAGCUGCCACGCGCUACCGGCAGAAGAAGCGGGUCGAGCAGGAGGUGCUGAAUGCACAGUGCACCGAGCUGGAGAAGAGGAACAACGAGUUGAAGGAGAAGGCAGAGUCCAUCAGCAGAGAGAUCCAGUAUCUCAAGGAUCUGAUGGAGGAAGUGCGCAACGCCAAGCACCGCCGCAGCAAGUCGAGCCCAGUGGCCUAGACUUGGAAACUCGAUGGAUAUUGGAAAUCUCCAAAGGACAGAAAAGAGGGAAUAGAGGGAUGACAAUGUGAAAAAGCGUAGGAAAGUUUGAGAUUAUUAGUGUAGAGAAGGGGACUGGGAGGUUGUCAGUGGAAGCAUCUGUACAUGCUGGUCUCUCAGUCCCCUGUAGAUCCCCACAUGCACCAACUGGCAGGGUGUGUAAUUUGUAUGUCUGUGUAGACUAGGAAUGCAGAGUAGGAGCUAACAUAGCUCCCAGUAGUAUUUUAGACUUUUAACCCCCGACAAGAUAUUCCCUCAGAGUAUGACCGUUUUCCUAGCAUCAGUCCAUGGCCAGCCCAGCUCACUGUUCAUUACAAAUCACUCCAAUAUGAAAACAGAUGACUCCCACCAACCCUGUGCAGUCACCCUCUCCUGCUUACUUACCCUUCUGUCACCCCAUUUCAGCCUUCCUCUUAAGCAGUUUCAAGUCCAGAAAGGGGCCUCAGAUAUUUAUGAAAUCUUGAAGUUACACUGAAAUCCUAAACAUGUUUCUGUUUGUAUAUAGUUCCUAUGGCCCUGCUUUUACCUAUUGUGGUUUUUAUUAUUUAAUGCUGGAUAACCCUGAUCAUGUCUUUAGUAGUAACUACAGUUUUAGUGCAACUGUUUGGCUUGUAAAAAUGCUCUGCUUUUGUUUUUCUAUUAAAUAUCUAUCACUACUUAAGCGAUGUGCUUUACUGAUGAUUGUGGAGUUUCUGUCUAAUAAAUAGCUUAAAAGCAA